UUCUUCCCCGUAUUCAACGCCUCUGACGUCUACUCUUGUUUAACCGCCGUCCCCUUCCUCAAAGACGUUGGACUCCGCUUCAUCGAGUACUACAACACCACCUUGCAGUUCCAAAGCACGUUGGCCUACCUCGAGUCUCCUCCUGCCGAGUAUCAACAACCAGCAGUCGACGUGGUUGCCGAACUUGGGAGAGUCAAGCAGAAGGUCCUCGAUGAUCAGUACACCAGACAAUUGGAUUUCGAAUACGACAUCCACUCCAUCGUCCACGCCAUCCACGACGACCAUGUCAAUCUCUACAUUGGCAUCACCGCCGCUUUCAGCUUUGCAAGCCCCUUCGACUUCGUCUCUGCCUCUCUGGAUGGGAAAGCACUACCAAGAAUUUACCUGAAGGAUGAUAUUGUGAAAGCACGGAACAACGGCUGGGCGGAAGAGCCGUCUCCAGUGGCGACCAUCAAUGGUGUUGAUGCCACUGAAUUCCUUGCCCAGUUCUCCAGCCGGAACGCGUUUGGCUAUCUCGAAAGUCAUGCCGAUUGGAACGACAUGUUUGAGCACCCCACCAACGAUAUCCAGGGCUUCUACGGCACUCUGGGCGGUCAACUCCUGUUCUAUCCAGGCAAUGGACUUGACGACACUUUUAACGUGAAGCUAGAGGAUGGAACCGAAUGGAACGACAACUGGCUCGCUCUCCUGAAUCAAAUCCACAGCCCUGGACCUCUCGAGACUGCUGGGGACUUUUACAACUAUUUCGUCCUCGGCUUAACGCCGCCAGUGGAAGUCAUCGAGGACUCAUCGGAUUCCGGUCUCGUCUUUGACUUUGAAGGAGAGGAUGGCUUGAAACUUAUCGAGAUCAAGAUCGAUACGGACUGGUUAGAAGAGAGUGACGAGGCAUUCCCAAAGCCCGAAGUUGCGCAGCCGUUUCUCACUAUUUCUGGCGGUGGAGUAGUCACCGGCUACUUCCAGGAUGACGUUGGAAUUCUUUCCAUCCCGACCUUCGAGCAGUUCCCCGAAGAGGCCAAGAAUUUCAGCAACACAGUCCAGGAGUUCAUCACCAAGGCGGAGGACAGGAACGUGAAAAAGAUCAUCAUCGAUCUCCAACAGAACCGAGGUGGAUCCCCCAACCUUGCCUUCGACACAUUCCGUCGUUUCUUCCCCCAGGAGCCUGAUUCCCUGCCGUGGACCUGGGCUGGCAGUCGCAGACGAAGCCAUCCUCUGGGUGAUUUGGUGGGAGAUACCAUUACCGAGUGGUGGAAAGGGUUGGAUCCCGAAGACGAUGUGCAACUGUUUGAUCAGUGGGAUGAGGCAGCCAACGAGUUUGUCGUCGCCACCAAAAUCAACCCUCUCACAAACACUACGUAUGACAACUGGGCCCAGUACAGUCCCGGAUCGGCCAGCUACCGCGAGGAUACGUUCUCAAAGGUCGAGAGACUGAACCUCUCCGACGAUCAAGUUCUUUACUCGGCAUUCAGCAUCGAGACGGCGGAAGACGACCCGUACGGCUAUGGCGGCAAUCCUGUCACCACCAAGCAGGCGUGGAAGCCCGAAGACAUCGUCAUUCUCACUGAUGGCCUCUGCUCGUCCACCUGCUCCCUCUUUGUUGGGUUCAUGACCCAAGCGGGUGUACGUACCAUCGUCGCUGGUGGCCGUCCCGAGACGGGUCCGAUGCAAGCUGUCUCUGGAAGCCGUGGCACACGCGCUUACUCCAACCAUAUUCUCGACUGGAUGUUCCAGUUCACCGGCCAACUCCUACCGGACAACUCGUCACUCCCAAACAUUCCCAUCGACUACGAAACAAGAGACACCGGGCUCUGGGUUCACCACGCCGGGCUUAACCUCCGCGAUGAGAUCCUCAAGUCUGACUGGGAGAAGGAUCCCAACGCCGAGCACGUCCCGAGGCAGUUCCAGUACGAGGCCGCCCACUGUCGCAUUUUCUACACUGUCCGCAACAUCUACAACAUGACACAGCUGUGGAGCGAUGUCGCCAAAGCUGCCUGGACAGACCCCAGUCUUUGCGUCGACGACUCGACGGGAUACGCCAAAUUGCCCAACCAGCCUGCUCCUGUCCCAGCUCCCACCCGGCCCACCGCUCAAGACGCCCAAAUAGUCAUCAACACCACGACUACCCGAGGCGGCCCCGGCCAAGACCCCGACGGUGUCCCCAUCUUCAACGAAGGCGACAUCGUAGCCGGCUUCGCCGUCAAAAGAGCCGGCCUCGAGCCAUGCGGAGCAGGUGACAAGUGCCCAAGCAACUCCAUAUGUGAGCCUAUCAAGGUCGCCUGCGCCAAUGGGGAGAGGCCCAAGGCGACCGAGGCAAAGUACUGCCUUCCUCUUUGCAAGCCGGCAGUGGACACCUGCGCACAUUUUGCUAGUGAUGUCAAGAUUAACGGUGCGUUGAGGUGCGAUCUGAGGUAUGAGGCUGUGACCAAGAGCAGGAAGCAUGAUUUUGUGGGGUUGUGUGCGCCGAGGGAGGGGAUCAAGCCGCAGAAUUUGUGUCCGGGGAGGCCGACGGCAUGA